AUGAGGAAAUUCCAGGCAGAACACCCAGACCUCAAAGGUGUUUUCAAUGAUAUCAUCUAUUGGCGAAGGUUUCCUGUGAUCAGGAUACACUACGAGAAACAUUUCCAGAGAGAUACAAGAACCAGACUUGAAAACAGGCCCUCCAAGAGGAUUCACUACAGGAAAUCCAGUGUAGCCAGAACACAAAGCCAGGAGAAGGAUGUGUCUGAGGACGUUUACCAGGUCCAGACAAGAGUACAAAUGGAGGCCCACAUACCUUUCAUCUUAAAUGUACAAAUGCAGUCCUCUUGUGCCCAGAUGAACAGAGCAGAUCCUGGAACUUCCCAGACCUAUACUAAUUCCCACGAUGAAAUGGUACAAGACCAUGUUCAGUACAACUACCUAUCACAUAUUACAGUACCUCCAAUGGAGAGGAUGAGUCCAGAGACUUCAGACUCUUUAAUCAACGUGAAUGAGUCUAGCAUACCCUUGAUACCACAAACUACAACGGGUCCUGAAGUAAGAGAGAUACGCCAUAAACGCACUUCAUUCACCAAAGUACAGCAUGAAGAGUUGGAGUCUCUGUUUAGCCAUACCAUGUUUCUGGAUAAAAAUCUUCAGAAGAAAGUGGCUUUGAAACUCAGCCUACCGGAGUCAACAGUAAAGAAUUGGUUCAAGAACCGGCGACUCAAAUGGAGAAAGCAGAAUCAGCAAGAGCAACCACUAAAGCUGUCAAAAAAGAAACUUUUAUACAAGAAACUGCCUGACUUACCACAACCACCUAGGAAUGCUCAUACUUCUUACCCUGCUGUUUCAGAUACCUGUGGCUGCUCUCACACUCAUCCCUUAGGCCCUUCCAGUUGGACACAGGACUCCAUCAUGACUCCGAGUCUACCAAGUGACAUCCAGAUGCACGAUCCUCAGUUGGAAAGCUUAGAGGCCUCAGUUCCUGCUUUGUUCCCUGAUUCCUAUGACAUAACCCAAAUCAUGAAACUGUACAGUUUUCCUGAUGAAGAGCUAACCAGCUCUUCAUUUGAAUGCCUUUAUCAGUAUCUCUCACCCAAAUACCCUUGA